AUGGCUGUCUAUCACGAGCUUGACUGGCUUUUUGCCAUAGGUACCAUCAUCCUCUUGAUCUCCGUCUGGGGUAUCGGUGCUAAAUCCGGUAUCCUCGCAACCAUUACGGAAUUCAUCGGCGCCAUUGCCUUUGGACAGCAGGUCACCUCGACCAUCCGCAGUGGUGCCUUCUCCAUCGACCGCUUCCUCGGCUCGCCCGGAGUUCUGAUCAUGGCCAUGGUGGCGGCAGAAGUUGGCUCCUCGAUCUGGCUUACCGUCUGCACUUACUUCGGUUUCCCCGUCUCCACCACCCAGUCCAUUAUCGGCGCUCUCAUCGGUGUUGCCAUCGCGUCGGAUCUCCCUGUUCACUGGGGAUGGAAGUCUCAGAGUGUCUCCCAGAUUGCUGCCUGCUGGGGUAUUGCGCCCGUCAUAUCGGCUGGAUUCAGUGCCAUUAUCUUCAUGAGUAUCCGGUUUUUGGUGCACUCGCGCGAGGAUCCGAUGAAGUUGGCUCUGCCCGUGCUUCCAUUCUACUAUGCUCUUACUGCUGGAAUCCUGGCCUUGUUCAUCGUCAUCAGCGGUGGACAUGGCGUUCCCAAGCUCGAGAACCUAGGUGCUGGUAAGGUUGCGGUAUCAUCCUUGGUGUCUUUGCCGGUGUCUGGGUCAUCAACGCUGUUUUUUUUGUUCCUUACUACUGGCGCAGGUAUGUCAUCUUCUCGAUUAUCUAGAGUUCUGCUAAUUUUUAUCAGCCUCGUCAAGGAAGACCGUCGUCUCCGGUUCUGGCACAUCCCCAGAGGCCCUCUCCUCCAGCGCGAUGGCUACACCCUCUACUUCCCCGGUAUCCCCGACAAGGGCAUUGUCCCCAACUACUACAAGAGCGACCUGAAAGCGACCGAUGAAAAGAGCGACACCGAUACCCUUGGCUCAGUCACGGAGGGCCAGCAGUCCACCCUCGCCAGCCCGGAAAUCGAGCCAAUCAAGGGUGACCGCAACACCGCCGAGAGCGAAGCCCAGCGCGCCGACGCGAAGCUCGCGGAGAAGCACCAGAAGGAGCUCCAGGCUCUGGAUCGCUCCCCUGGGCUCACCCAAAGCGCAUCUACGCGACCCUCAAGCUUGUUUUCACCUAUGUUCGAUAACAAGGUUGAGCAUCUUUGGACAACGGCCCAGGUUUGCUCUGCUAUGAUCAUGUCCAUCUCCCACGUCGCCAACGAUAUCUCCAAUGCCAUCGGCCCAUUCACCACCGAGUACAUGACCUGGCACACCGGCGUGGCCUCCACCAAAACCGAUACCCCGAUCUGGAUCAAGCCGUUGGCGGUCUAG